UUAACCUGAGGGGUCGUCACAGGUCUGAGGUGAAAAAGUUUUUGGAGUCCCAUGGUGCCUCAGUAAACUCCGCCCAGUGACAGGCGUGGUUUGCUGCUCUCCUCCCUCCUCCCUCCUUCUGAGUAUUAACCGGCUGUCACAGCAGCGGCUGUAAUAACCACCACCUCCUCCUCCUCCUCCACCAUCACCAUCAGUCUGCUCUCCACUGCCCUGCACCUUUUCUCUGUAGCUACUGAUCCCGCAGACAUGGAGCUGGAGGGGCUGAUGUACCCGGCGCGCUCUCUUCCCUUCUAGCCGUGCGCUCCCGGCCCGUGGCGCUGCAAACCAGAGAGGAGGCGGAGGAGGAGGACGGUGAUUUUCUUCUGUGUCCUGCUGAGGCAUCGCUGUGCAGGAGAGAGAGAGAGGGAGAGAGAGGGAGGUGGGGGACAGUAGAGGACCCACACCGUCGUGACAGCAGAGGCCGUCUCAGGAUAUCGGGGCAACCGGAGAGCGGCUCCUCGCGUCCUCCUCCUCCUCCUCCUCCAUCAUGGCGAGCGACUCUCCGGCGCGGAGCCUGGACGAGAUCGACCUUUCCGCUUUGAGGGAUCCUGCUGGCAUCUUUGAGCUGGUUGAGCUGGUGGGAAAUGGCACCUAUGGGCAGGUGUACAAGGGACGCCAUGUUAAGACUGGGCAGCUGGCGGCCAUCAAGGUCAUGGAUGUCACCGGGGAUGAGGAAGAGGAGAUUAAAGCGGAAAUCAACAUGCUGAAGAAAUACAGUCACCAUCGGAACAUUGCCACCUACUAUGGAGCGUUCAUCAAGAAGAACCCUCCUGGCAUCGAUGACCAGCUUUGGCUGGUCAUGGAGUUCUGUGGAGCCGGAUCCGUGACGGACCUGAUCAAGAACACUAAGGGGAAUUCUCUGAAAGAGGAGUGGACCGCUUACAUCUGCAGAGAGAUUCUCAGGGGUCUGACUCAUCUCCACCAGCACAAGGUCAUCCACAGAGACAUCAAGGGGCAGAAUGUCCUGCUGACGGAGAACGCAGAGGUCAAACUGGUGGACUUUGGUGUUUCGGCCCAGCUGGACAGGACAGUAGGUCGGAGAAACACAUUUAUUGGGACCCCAUAUUGGAUGGCGCCGGAGGUCAUCGCUUGUGACGAGAACCCUGAGGCCACGUAUGACUUCAAGAGUGAUUUAUGGUCCCUGGGAAUCACGGCAAUCGAGAUGGCUGAGGGAGCACCACCGCUGUGCGACAUGCACCCAAUGAGAGCCCUCUUCCUCAUCCCACGCAACCCUGCGCCGAGACUCAAGUCAAAGAAGUGGUCAAAGAAGUUCCAGUCGUUCAUAGAGAGCUGUCUGGUGAAGAGCCACGGCCAGAGACCCAGCACAGAGCAGCUGCUCAAGCACCCGUUCAUCAGGGACCUGCCCAACGAGAGGCAGGUCCGCAUCCAGCUGAAGGACCACAUCGACCGCACCAAGAAGAAGAGGGGAGAGAGGGAUGAGACAGAGUACGAGUACAGUGGCAGUGAAGAGGAGGAUGAAGAGAGAGACAUGGGUGAACCAAGCUCCAUCAUCAACACCCCCGGGGAGUCCACCCUGAGGCGGGACUUCCUGCGCCUCCAGCUUGCCAACAAGGAGCGCUCGGAGGCGCAGCGGCGGCAGCAGCUGGAGCAGCAGCAAAACGAGGAGCACAAGCGCUUACUGUUGGCCGAGAGACAGAAACGCAUAGAGGAGCAGAAGGAGCAGAGGCGGCGGCUGGAGGAGCAGCAGCAGCGAGAACGCGAGCUGAGGAAACAGCACGAGAGGGAACAGAGGAGGCGCUACGAGGAAAUGGAGCAGCUCCGCAGAGAGGAGGAGAGGAGGCAUGCGGAGAGAGAACAGGAGUAUAUACGUAGACAGCUGGAAGAGGAGCAGAGGCAGUUAGAGAUUCUCCAGCAGCAGCUACUGCAGGAACAGGCGUUACUCAUGGAAUACAAGCGUAAGCAGAUAGAGGAGCAGCGGCAGGCGGAGCGGCUACAGAGGCAGCUCCAUCAGGAGCGAGCCUACCUGGUGUCUCUGCAGCAGCAGCAGCAGCAGGAGGGAAGGCAAGCAGAGAAGAAACAGCUUUACCACUACAAAGAUGUCAUCAAUCCUACAGACAAGCCUGCCUGGGCUAAAGAGGUCCAGAAGCAGAAGCAUGCUCAUGGUAACCCACCCCAGUCGCACCUACGACAUCACCAGUCAUUCAACCAACCAGUUUCAUCAUCUUAUUCUCAAGGCCAACCCAGAUCCCAAGCCCCUAGGCGAACCCAGUCCCACCUCUCCACCCACGUUCCCCAUAUCUGUAUUUCAUCUGACCCCAAUGAAUCCCCAGAACUGGCACUGAAGCAGGAGAUAAGUCAGCAGGUCAGGGAGCUGAGGGCUCAGGAAGUCAAUAGGAGGAGCCGCAGUCCAGGGAAGAACCAGAUACAGAACCAUGCUGCUGACCAAGGACCCAUUAAGGGCCCUACAAGGAACUAUUUACAUUCUAGUCCAGGGCCAAUGAGCCAGUCUCAUUCAGUGCACAAUCCUAGAGAAAGGGCUAUCUCUGCACCCAGUAAGGUAGGCAUCAUGGGGCAAUUGUCUCCAGACCAACACUUUAAGGCCCUUCCCCUUCAUCUUCAGGCGCAAGGACAGAUCCAGAUACUCCAGUCUGGAUCAAAACAUGUUUCCGACCCUGCUGUCAAACCGGUUAGUCACUUUACUCGUGCCCGGUCGCACUCACCCUGCCUUAGAGUAGAUGUAGAUAUAGAACCCAAUGAUCAAAAGUUCGAAGGGGGGAGGCUGGCUGUCAGCCUCACCAACAUCCACAACCUCAAUAUUCCCUCUGAGAACAAGUUCCCAGUUUUUUCCUCUGAUGAAUCCCUCUCUGAAUCCUGGCCUGAAAGCACUUUCUGCUCAUCCCCUCUCAGACAAAAUAACUCCCUCUCACCUGACUCCAACUGGGGCAAUCUCCUCGCCCCUGAUUACAGUCCCCGCUUUUCCCCUACAUCACCUAGAGACGGAGGAGCUAGGAAGAGAAGUAGCUCCUCUAUGUCUGACCUCUCUCCCUCAGAAGCGAGUUUCACACUGAAGCCGUCUAACCGGCAGGACAUUUAUCGAAAAUCCUCCGAACACAUAUCAGUCACCCCAACAAACUCCCGUGUCAGGCCUUUAUCCGCACAUUUUCCACAUCCCAUAGUUCAUUAAAACCUUUUUCCCUUCAUCUCUCUGUACAGCCUUUCCUUUGAAUUAUAGACCCUUCUUGAAAGCAAAUAUAAAUAAGAACAACCACAGACACACAUACACAUACACACACACACAC